AUGGCAAGUUAUGCCGAUUUGGUUUUGGUAGUUCAUGAAGAUUUGGACUAUAGACAACGUGCAGUUGUGGAGUUUUAUGCUUCGAAAAUGAACAUUCCCAAGAGGAAUAGCAUGAUUCAUGGUGAAGACAAAAUUAGCAAACUACCAGAUCUCAUUCUUGGUCGCAUUUUAUCCUUUCUAAAAGUAAAGGAAGCAGUUCGCACAUGUGUGUUAUCUACAAGGUGGAUCGAUGUUUGGAAAUCAAUCAGCAACAUACAUUUGGAUGAUAGGUGGAUUAAAUCCACAGUAGUGAACAACAAAGAGCACUUUGCAAAAGUUGUGAACAAAGUGAUUCAUCUCAAUGGCAAUUCAACGAUCGAGAAUUUCUCUCUUCUCAUUUCAAGUGACAAGAAGUAUGAACCAUAUCUAAUUAAUCAAUGGCUAGCAGCUGUCUCAAGAAAGAAUAUCCAAAAGCUUCACAUUAAGUAUAGUGGAAAAGAAGCUUUUCGCUCAUUCUUUUCAUUUUUUUGUCACAACUCUUUGGUACACAUGGUACUUGACAUGAACUGUUCACUUAUAGUACCCAACACUGUUUGUUUCCCAAACCUUCAAUCUCUUAAAUUAUGUCGAGUAGUGUUCUUGAAAGAAGUUUAUCCUCGCAAAAAUGAGGUUAUUUUCAGCUUCCCAGUCCUCAAAGUGAUUGAAGCUAUUGAUUGUGAAUGGUUCCAGAAUUUUUGUAUUGAUGCUCCUCAACUUGAAAGCAUUUCACUCAUGACCUCUAAGAGGGUAUCACAUAAAUCUACCAUCAAGAUUUUUGCAGAGCACAUUGAGACAUUCUCUUUCUAUGGUGAUCUUCUAUAUCACAAUGUUGUCAUAGAAGAUCCAUCCUCAGUUUUGAAUUGUUCUACUCAAGUAUUUCUGGAGAGUGAUUACCCGAUGUCCAAAAUGCAAGAGUUGAGUUUUCAGACAUGUAUUUUUCUGAAACAAUUUCAUGAAGCACAAUAUUUGAAUCUAGGCACUGGCACCAAUCAGGUUCUUGCCUAUGCUAAAGAUUUGUUUACAAAGAUAAUCCCCAACUUCGACAGAUUAGAUCAGCUAGUCCUCGAGAAAUUUACUAUUGAAAUGUUAUUCAAGUUUCUCCAAAAGGCAACAUUUCUUGAGAUUCUCAAAUUAGAAAACGUGGAACCAUUUGAUGAAGGUGACUUAUACUCUUCAACAAUUCUUUCUACUUGUUUACCAUAUAGUCUUGAAGUUGUUCUAAUUUUAGGAUUCAAAGGUAACGAACAUGAGAUACGUUUAGUCAAGUUUAUUUUGGAUAAUGCUGAAUGGUUGGAGAGGAUGAUUAUCUCCACAGAGUGGAAGUGGAAUUCAGACAGGGAAUUGGAGAAGAUUAAGAGUCAUGUAUUGGCAUAUGCAAAGCGUUCCAAGAUUGCUGAAGUGGAUUUUAUAAUCAAUGUUAGGGGUGACAAUAACCUUGAGACAAGUGCAUAUGGUAAUAGCAUUUUGAAGAAAGCACUUAGGCUGAUUUAG